AAACUGUCUCGAGAGUUCUGUCAAAGCAUAUAGUAUAUACUUACCUUAAUGCACUGCUAUUUUUCCUAUAAAAGCACAAUCACAAAAUGAUCUGUCUUUCUACUUUAUUGAGUUUCAUCCAUAAUUAAGUUUUUUAAGAGGUCAUGUAGCUUUCACCACUCAUGAUUACAAACCCUAAGAGCACCGCAAGCAUUCAGGAAUUUACUCAUCGUUGAAAACAAACAAAACAUGGUGAAAAAUGAAAAAGUCACUUUUCCACCGUAAAGUAGCACUAUAUAUCCUUUCACUUCAACCUAAAUGUACAACUAGACAAUUAUUUAUAAUUAACGUUUGAAGUUUUUAUUUUAUACCAUCGUUAUUAAUUUUUAACUUGAAACACAUUGACAGUCCAAAUGAAUUUUUAUGUCAGCUCACUUAAAGAUAAUUACAUACGUGCAAUCGUGGUAAAAAUAAGGUAGGUAAUUUGCUACAAUACACUGAUAGCAUAAAAAUAAUUAGUUGAAUCCUAAUCCAUUUGCAUGGGUUGAUGAGACUUUCUCCUUACUCAAGAGAGAGGACCAGUUUCUUCCCCUGAAGACGUUUGACACACACGCACUCGAUAGCAUGCCAGCAAAUAAAGUUAUUAAGCAUAGUUUCGGACUACAUACUACAACUUUGAUGUGUUGUUAAAAUGAAUAGCUAUUAAUUAAUUAAAAGCAUAAGUAUUAGUUUGUGAGGGCUGCUUGGAGUGGUGGACUCAAUUUGCAGGCUGAGAAGAUGGGAGUUGCUGAAUUGAAGACAAACAUAUCUGUGAAGAGCAGGUCUUUUCGUCCCACUUCUAGACCCCAAUGGCCAAUUUCUGAUGUUUCUAGUGAUCUUACAAUAGAAGUAGGAGCGGCCAGUUUUGCUCUUCACAAGUUUCCUCUGGUUUCUAGAAGUGGAAGAUUUAGAAAGCUGCUGCUGGAGGCAAAAGAUUCAAAGAUGUCAAGACUGAAUCUUUCUGGUCUUCCUGGUGGAUCUGAUGCAUUUGAACUCGCUGCAAAGUUCUGUUAUGGAGUAAACAUUGAGAUUACCAUAACAAAUGUUGCAAUGUUAAGAUGUGCAGCCAGUUUCCUGGAAAUGACAGAAGACAUCGCCGAUAAGAACCUAGAAAUACGAACCGAAGUUUUCUUAAAGGACACAGUAUUCCCAAGCAUAUCCAACUCAGUAUCUGUUCUUCACAGCUGUGAGAAACUACUACCAGUAUCAGAAGAAGUCAACCUUGUCAGUAGGUUAAUCAAUGCUAUUGCAAAUAAUGCCUGUAAAGAGCAACUUACAUCUGGUUUUUUGAAGCUGGAGCAUAAUUUCCCAUCCAAACCUAUUCAAAGCCUUGAUAUAGAGACAGCGUCGGACUGGUGGGGAAAAUCACUAGUAGUGCUGAGUCUGGAAUUUUUUCAGAGGGUUUUAUCUGCAUUUAAGACGAAAGGUCUUAAACAAGACAUUAUAAGUAGAAUUUUGAUUAACUAUGCACAAAAUUCUCUUCAGGGGCUCAUUGUUAAGGAUCCUCAUUUAGCUAAAGGAAGUUUCUUGGAUUUGGAUUUACAAAAGAAACAAAGAGUCACUGUUGAAACAAUAGUUGGCUUGCUACCAACACCGUCGAGGAAAAGUACAGUUCCAAUGGCCUUUCUUUCAAGUUUGUUAAAAUCUGCAAUAGGAGCAUUAGCAUCUACUUCUUGCAGAUCUGAUCUAGAGAGGCGCAUCGGUCUUCAACUGCAUCAGGCGAUUCUCGAGGAUAUCCUUAUACCUGGAAAUGGAAACAACCAUAGCCCUCUAUAUGACACUGAUUCAAUCUUAAGGAUCUUUUCCUUUUUCUUGAAUUUGGACGAGGAUGAUGCAGAAGAUAAUAACCAACUAAGAGAUGAAAACGGAAUGGUUUAUGACUUUGACAGCCCUGGAUCUCCCAAACAAAACUCAAUCCUUAAGGUUUCAAAAUUAUUGGACAGUUAUCUGACAGAAGUUGCACUAGAUUCAAAUCUAACACCAUCAAAGUUUACAGCACUGGCAGAGUUACUUCCAGACCAUGCCCGUCUAGUUGAUGAUGGACUGUAUCGAGCUGUAGAUAUUUUCCUUAAGGUUCAUCCGAACAUUAAGGACUCUGAACGGUAUAGACUGUGCAAAACUAUUGAUUGCCAGAAAUUAUCACAAGAAGCCUGCAGUCAUGCUGCACAAAAUGAGCGGUUGCCAGUGCAAAUGGCAGUUCAAGUGCUGUAUUUUGAACAAAUCAGACUGAGAAAUGCAAUGAAUGGGGGCCAAAAUCAGUUAUUUUUUGGGUCAAUGAACAGUCAGUUUCCUCAUCGUUCAGGCAGUGGAGUAGGAAGCGGAUGCAUGUCUCCGAGAGAUAAUUAUGCAUCAGUCAGGAGAGAAAAUAGAGAAUUGAAGCUUGAGGUAGCAAGAAUGAGAAUGAGGCUUACGGAUUUAGAAAAAGAUCACGUGUCUAUGAAACAAGGCCUAGUAAAAUCACAUCCUGCCAAUAAGUUAUUCAAGUCAUUCACCAAGAAAUUGAGCAAACUCAACGCAAUGUUCCACAUAAGAGAUUCAAAGCCGUUAAUCGGAAAAGCAAAUUCGGAAAGUCGGUUUCCAUUUCACAGGAAAAGACAUCAUUCGGUUUCUUGAUGCUGUAUUGAGUGUGUGCAUAAUGAGUGUAUAGCCCUUUCCUUUAAUUUUCUUCUCUUUUUUGGUUUUGUUUUGAUGUUGUGAUAUUUUGUGAUCUAAGACUAAAUAGUGCCUAAUAUAUAAGGAUUAAGGGAUAAGAAGGCAGAUUGAGUUUGAGACUGGUAGUCAUGUUUAAAUUUCAUAUGUGAUUUGCCAUUUAAUACUACUAAUUAUACUGCAGUAGUUCUGCUUC